GACUGCUGCCUGUGGCAGGGAAUUCGGUGCAGCAACCUCACCGCCCAUAUCCUAAGCCUCCAUCUUCCUGGUGAAUAUCCAAAUUUUAUUCAGACAGGUUAUAUAAGCGGAGAGAUCCAUCAGUCGUUAAUGGAGUUGCCACAGUUACAGUAUGUGAAUCUCAGUUCCAAUUAUUUUGGUUACAAGAAAAUUCCGGAGUUUUUUGGUUCGUUCAGAUACUUGAAAUACCUUGAUCUGUCGUCAUGUGGUUUUGGCGGAGAAAUUCCAAGGCAGUUAGGCUCUCUUUCUAAUUUGAAAUACUUAAAUCUUGCUUCGAAUUCUCUGAACGGUUCAAUCCCGGGUCAGUUUGGAAAUCUCUCCAAGUUGCAGCAUCUUGAUCUUUGGCACAAUUUUCUUGAAGCAAAUAUACCAUCUUUUCUUGGAAAUCUCUCCCAAUUGCAACAUCUUCGUCUCAGUUGCUAUUAUUUUGAAGGAAAUAUACCGUCCCAACUUGGAAAUCUCACCAAGUUGGAACAGCUCUAUCUUGGAGGAUAUCUUGGAGGAGGUAUAAAAAUUGAAGAUGGAGGCCCUUGAAGAAGGAUUCUCUUUGGUGACUCCAACAUUUUGUUAAUGAUUGGAGAAGGCAAUGGUUUCUUCAAAUUCCCUUACUGCUCAUAAAAACAU